UAACCUACUUAAUGGGGACAUUUUCGAUAAAAACUCUUCUUUGCGCUCUCUUCCGUUGAGACCUCCCCCCAAAUACAUUUUUCGUGGAACAAAUCCACUUCCGGCGGCAAAUUUCACUUCCAGGACGGAGCGAAGGGAUAACAUUGGAGCUCAAACAAAUUCAAUCAAAGUGGGACCGAGAAUUGAAGAGGCCAGGUCUAACAUAAUUGAGCCACCCAAGUCUGCAACUUUUCCCACACCUUUUCACACCUGCGUGCAUACUUUUGGAUCAUCAUUGAGUCUAGUGGUGUAGAGUUUGCUUAACUUGGCGAUGCCGAUGAGAGGAUGAACAAUGGAAUAUUCAAAUCCUUCUUGUCGUCACGUGCCUUCUGCACUUCGCUCAUCUCACCCCAUCAACCAUUUCCUCAAAACCAUGACUUUGCUUCUCCCUCUACUUUGUUAUCCAGUGCUCUGCAGCAUUUCAUUAAUUCCGAGACUCCUACCCACGGCCAAAAGAUCCAUUCCUGCAUUCUGAAAUCUGGGUUUGUUCCAAACACCAAUAUUUCUAUCAAGCUACUUAUUUUAUACCUAAAAUGUAACUAUUUGAGAUAUGCACGCCAGGUGUUUGAUGAUUUGGGGGAUAGAACUUUAUCUGCUUAUAAUUAUAUGAUUAGUGGCUAUAUCAAACAAUGUCAGGUUGAAGAGUCUCUUGGUUUGGUGCGUAGGCUUUUAGUGUCUGGUGAGAAACCUGAUGGGUUUACUUUUUCUAUGAUUUUAAAGGCGUCUACUUCUGGGUGUAAUGUUGCGUUGCUUGGUGAUCUGGGUAGAAUAGUGCAUACUCAAAUCCUCAAAUCUGAUGUUGAGAGAGAUGAAGUUCUUUGCACUGCACUGAUCGACUCUUAUGUUAAGAAAGGGAGGACUGCUUAUGCUAGGACUGUAUUUGAUGUGAUGUCAGAGAAGAACGUGGUAUGUUCAACAUCCCUCAUCUCUGGUUACAUGAAUCAAGGGUCUUUUGAAGAUGCUGAACGUAUAUUUAACAAAACUUUGGAUAGGGAUGUGGUAGUAUUUAAUGCGAUGAUAGAAGGCUACAGCAAGACAUCCGAAUAUGCGAGAAGAUCUCUUGAAGUUUACAUUGAUAUGCAAAGGUUGAAAUUUAGGCCAAAUGUUUCUACAUUUGCUAGUGUAAUUGGUGCCUGUUCCAUGCUUGCGGCAUUCGAAAUUGGGCAACAAGUACAAAGUCAGCUCAUGAAGACUCCACUUUAUGCUGACAUUAAACUGGGAAGUGCCCUUAUAGACAUGUAUUCAAAGUGUGGAAGAGUUUCAGAUGCUCAAAGAGUUUUUAACCACAUGCAUGUGAAGAACGUGUUUUCGUGGACAUCUAUGAUUGAUGGAUACGGGAAGAAUGGAUUCCCUGAUGAAGCACUUGAGCUAUUUGGAAAGAUGCAAAAAGAAUAUGACAUUGUACCCAAUAAUGUGACAUGCCUUAGUGCUCUCUCAGCUUGUGCACAUGCUGGACUUGUGGACAAGGGCUGGGAGAUCUUUCACAGGAUGGAGAAUGAAUACCUGGUAAAGCCAGGGAUGGAGCAUCAUGCGUGCAUGGUUGAUUUGUUAGGCCGAGCAGGAAGGCUGAAUCAGGCUUUGGAAUUUGUGAUGAGGAUGCCCGAGAGACCGAAUUCGGAUGUGUGGUCUGCUCUACUUAGUUCUUGCAGACUCCAUGGUAAUAUAGAGAUGGCAAAAUCAGCUGCAAAUGAACUUUUUAAGCUAAAUGCUACUGGAAGACCAGGGGCAUAUGUUGCAUUGUCUAAUACUUUGGCAGAUGCUGGCAAAUGGGAAAGUGUAACUGAGCUUAGAGAAAUAAUGAAGGAGAGAGGAAUAUCCAAGGACACUGGCCGAAGUUGGGUUGGAGCUGAUAAUGUCUUUUAGUUCAAAUAAAAGGAGCAAAGAUGCACUAUGGCAUUUUUCUGUUAAACGAGAUUAUCCCUCUUUAUUGCUUCUCGUAUACUCAUGUUUCUUCUUGUGCUUCUGACAAUAAUUCAAAGCAUUUAAAGAAAAAAAAAACAUGUUUGAUGAAGUGAAUUACCCGACUGACCAAAAAGAAGAAAAACAUAACGCAGUUGCUGACUAUAUUUUGCAAGAUUCAUUUAGAGGAGGGUCCUGGUGAUAUACUAGUAUUUCUGACUGGGCAAAAAGAGAUUGAAUCUGUUGAAAGGCUUAUCAAUAAGAAACUCCCACAAUUACCUCAAGAAAAUCAGAAGCUUCUAAUUGUACCUAUAUUUGCCGCUCUUCCAUCUGAGCAGCAAAUGUGGUCUUUGCACCAGAUCCAUCUGGUUUUCGCAAGGUGAUAUUGGCAACUAAUAUUGCUGAGAGAUCAGUAACAAUUCCUGGAAUCAAAUAUGUAAUUGUUCCUGGAUUUGUUAAAGCACGUUCCUAUGACCCUGGAAAAGGCAUGGAAUCCUUGAUUAUAGUGCCUACAUCCAAGUCCCAGGCUCUGCAAAGAAGGUGGCACUAGAUUAUGUUGGGCGUGCAAGGCGUGAAGGACCUGGAAAAUGCUUCUGUCUAUAUCCUGAAAAGAAUUUGAGAAACUUGAGGACUCAACAAUGCCAGAGAUUAAGCGGUGCAACCUUUCUAAUGUUAUUUUGCAGCUCAAGGCUCUGGGUGUUGAUGACAUACUAGGGUUUGAUUUUAUUGAUAAACCUUCAAGCUAUUAUAAAAUCAUUGGAGGAGCUAUUUUUGUUGGGUGCCCUAACAGAUGAAUGUCUACUAUCUGAUCCUGUUGGACAUCAAAUGGCUCGACUGCCCUUGGAUCCCAUUUAUUCCAAAGCUCUUAUUUUAGCUAGUGAGUUUAACUGCUUGGAGGAGAUGUUGAUAACUGUAGCUCUGCUGUCUGUGGAAUCCAUAUUUUAUAGUCCUCGGGACAAGUUAGAAGAG